AUGCAAGCAAGUAGCCACAAGGGUCUCGAUGACAAGGCACCCAUGCCUUGUGUUUUCCAAGAGCCGAUGACAGCACCUAGACACAUGAAAGAUGGAUCGACAUCGGUAGCUGAGCAGCUGGAAACAAUUGAUUUGAGUGAGGAUCCCUCUACCCCAAGACCCAUCUCCAUCAGCGUUCAUUUGACAAAUGAAGAGAAAGAGGCCAUGAUAUCUUUGCUAAAGGAAUUCCGAGAUGUGUUCGCUUGGAGCUACGAGGAAAUGCCUGGCUUAAACCCAAACUUAGUAAGUCACACUUUGAAUAUUGAGCUCGGUACAAAGCCUAUUGUGCAGCCAAGGAGGAAUUUCCAUCCCGAAAUUGAAAAGCAAAUCAAGGUGGAGAUCGAAAAGCCGCUGGCCGCUGGGUUCAUCAAGCCAAUCGAGCAUCCAACAUGGUUAGCAAAUAUUGUUCCUGUGAAGAAGACCGGAGUAAUUAGAGUAUGCACGGACUAUCGAGACCUCAACCGAGCUUGCCCAAAGGAUGAAUUCCCGCUGCCCAACAUGGAUAUCUUGAUCGAUUCAACCUCGGGUCAAGGCUUGUUAUCAUUCAUGGAUGGGUUUAGUGGCUACAAUCAGAUUAAGAUGUCACCCAAGGAUGCUGAGAAGACAGCCUUUCGAACACCAUAUGGGAAUUUUUAUUAUACGGUCAUGCCAUUCGGCCUCAAGAAUGCUGGCGCCACCUACCAAAGAGCCAUGAUAGCGGUGUUUCACAACAUAAUGGGAAAGGAAGUUGAGGACUAUGUGGAUGACCUUGUGGUGAAGUCCAAAACUAGAGAAAGCCAUCGGGAAGUUUUGAGGAAGGUACUGGAAAGGUGUCGGCUGUACGGUUUAAAGAUGAAUCCAAAGAAAUGUGUGUUCGGGGUUUCAUCUGGUAAAUUCUUGGGGUUUCAAGUACAUCAGCGUGGCAUAGACGUGGAUCCCGAAAAGACUAAAGCCAUAAAUCCUCUUGCACCGACUAGAAACCCAAAGGAAUUGAAAAGCUUCAUGGGAAGAUUGUCGUAUAUUCGACGCUUCAUCCCGGGUCUUGCUGCCACUAAGAGUGUUUUUACUCCCUUACUCAAGAAGGGCAAAUCGUACAAAUGGAGUAAGGAAUGCCAUGAAGCCUAUCAACAAGUGCAACAAAUAAUCACCAAGCUGCCCAUUAUGAGAGCACCCAUUCCGGGGCUUCCUCUCAAGCUUUAUUUGGCUGCAACAAACACAACGGUUGGGGUCUUACUUGCCCAAGAUGAUCAUGGCGAGGAAGAAAGUCUCAUUUAUUAUGUAAGUAGGCAACUAAGGGGAGCUGAAAUGAGAUAUUCGAAGACCGAACUCUUAUGCCUUGCUCUUGUCUAUGCUGCAUAG